AUAUAUGACUGGCCCUCCAAGACAUUCACCUCCAUCGCCAUCUCACUGAUCGGUGCUUCUUCCUCCUCCAGGUUCAUACAUACAACAACAUCACACCAGGUUCACAACAGUAGCAGCAGGAAGCUCAAACCAGACCGAAAACAAUGGGUCUCUGCUUGUCUAGCAGCGGGGCAGCGGUGGCGGCGGUGCAGGCCGAUGGGGUGGCCGCGUCGACGGCGAUGGUGCUGCUUUCGACAGGCGAGCUGCGGGAGUACCCGCCCCGGACAACAGCCGCAAGGGUGCUCGAGGAAUCCGUGGAGGCAGGAGCCGGCUGGUUCCUGUGCGACGCCGACGCGAUGGGGUUCGAUGCCGCCGUGUCGGCCGUGGGCGCAGCCGACGAGCUCCGCGCGGGACAGAUAUACUUCGUGCUCCCCGCCGAGGCCCGGCUGAACGGACUGCGGAAAGAGGACAUCGCCGCGCUCGCCGUGAAGGCCUCCGCGGCGCUCAUCAAGAAAUCAAGCACCGGACGGCGUAGGCGCGGCGUUUGCGUGUCGCCGCUCGUGUUCGCCCCUCCGGAGGAGAAGGUCGACCAGGCCGCCGCCUACAAGACCGUGCCGGCGCUGGCGGCCAAGAGGCGGCAGGUGGCGCGUGCGAAGAGCGCCGGGAGGAUGCAGACACGGUUCGCGCCCGAUCUGAUCGCCAUUCCCGAGUGCGACGCCAGCGAGUGAUCCAUCGAACGGGCGUUUCGCGAGAUCGAAGCAAGAACGGAAAUUUUAGGGGAUUUUUUCCUCGGAUUUUGGAGGCGCUCCGGCCAUCCUGAAACAGAACAAGCAGUGACGCGGACGGGCGGGACUAAUGGCGCCAGUGACUGUCGCGAUCCUGACAGAGUGAUUCUAACUGACGGACUUUGCAGAGUGUGAGGAACGAGGGGAAUCGUAAUUUGUAAUUUGUAGGAAACAAUUUUGCUCCUGUUAGUUGAGUUGAUUUGGUCCUUUGAAAACGAGG